GUUUCCACGAUGAAGCCUGCAGUUUGUGUGUGUGGAUGCGUGUGUGUGUGUAUGCGCGCUCGCGCUGAGAGAGCGGGUUCAGUACGUCUAGUACACAGGAUAGCGGCACUCAUGGGUACUCACAGAAGCACCCUGGCGAUUUCUAUCACCGUUUAGCACCACUGAAGGUGAGACAUUUAUUCCGGGCACGUACCUGACAGCGGACUGUCCUGAAGCCCCUAGGAAUCUCGCGCUCUAGUAGAGUGAGAGAGAGUAGCGCGCGCGCUGCACGGACCGCAGUGGAAUGUAGCGGGGAUUCCCGGCGUGCGGGGCAAGAGCUGUCAAUCAUUCAUCAACGCCCCAAGAAAACACCUGAGUAGGUGGAGCAUGGCCAGUGGGAGUGGCUGGCGUUACUAUGCCUAAAGGCACGUGGCGAUGGUGUCCAUGGAGACAGAUGGCAGCUUCACUGAGGGCCACGGUCUGUCCCUCUUACAGGCAGAAGAUAGCGUGGGGGCCGGACUCGCACAGCAGGAGGGGACGUGGCUGGGCUUCCGGGCUACAGUGAGUGCUGUGCUGCUGCUGGAGCUGCUCCUGGGGGUGGGCGGUAAUCUGACCGUGCUGGUGUUAUACUGUGGUCACUGCAGCCUGUUGGAGUCCGUCAGCCAUGCCGUCACGCUCAGCCUGCACACCCUUGACCUGCUGCUCUGUCUCCUCUGCCUGCCGAUCACUGCCACGCUCCUCAUACUGGGCGGAGCCUCGGUUCCUCACCACGCCCUCCUCUGCUGUCUUCACGAAUCAGCAGCCAGCUUCGCUAGCGUAGGCACCGCGCUUAACCUGCUGCUCAUCAGCUUAGAUCGCUAUGACAUCAGCGUCCGGCCAGCCAAUCGCCUGCUGACGCCUCGAAGGGCAACCGUUUUGCUUGUUGCAGUGUGGGCGGUUUCCUUAGCCAUGCCACUCCUACCAUUCGUUGAGGCGGGGUUUGUGUCAGGCAAAGGCGAGGGGCUGUUUGUGCACUCCAAUAGCACUGUGCUUUGUUCAGAGUGGGGAGGAACUCUACAAGCUCAUCUGUUACUACAGGUUCCUGUGUUCCUGUGCUCUCUCGCUGUGAUGCUGUUUACAUACUCCCGAAUUCUUCAGGCACUGCGCAUCCGCAUCGGACGCCCGCCCAGGUCCCAUCGAGACAGCAAACGACCUGGUCCUGGACAUCGCCUCUGGUUACGCUGUAAAAGGUCAAUGAGGUCGCCGGAUCACAUUACGAGAAACACACCCACUUCCCCCCCGCCACUUUCAACCGGACCGCUUAUCACCUCAGAUGCAGUUACCACAGUAACCAUCAACACUGAGACGAACACUCCCUCGCUCACCACGCCCCUUAGCCCCACCCCCACUGUGUCUGUGAUAACUUCUCCUUUAAGCCCCACCCCCACUGCAUCCAUGGCAACCACACCUUUGAGUCCCGCCACAUCUGUGUCUGUCAUAACAAGCCCCCACAAUCCCACACCUGCUACAUCAUCAGUGAACACACCUUUGAGUCCUAUGCCCACUGUGUCUACAGUUACCACUCAGCUAAGUCCCGCCCCCGUCCAGGGUCCGCCUAGCAUGGGUGUGGGUGCGUCAGUGUCGGCCAUUUUGGCUCUGCGUCGAGCGGUUCGGCGCCACCGAGAUCGACGGGAACGUCAAAGGCGAGUCUUUCGCAUGUCCGUCAUCAUCAUCCUCUCGUUUCUGCUAUGUUGGGCGCCUCUCUCCAUCAUGCCCCUUCUCAUGCUGGCCAUCGGGCCAUCUGAUUGGCUAGAACGGCUGAGAAUCUGCUUUCUGGUGCUCGCUUAUUGGACGGUAGUGCUACAUCCGCUGCUGUACGCUUUCACGCGCCAAAAACUGCGCAAAGUUCUGCAUACCCGUCUGCGCAGGCUGCGGCCGCAAAACACGCAGACUCGUAUUCGCACUAAUACCAGGAUCCACCGCAAGCACGGGGCAAAUUGCAGCGAUGCUCCUGACCGCUGCCUGACAGAGGCUGUUAGAGAGUGAGUGUUUGUGUGUAUGUGGUUUAUAACUAGGCUCACACGGAAUCUGAAUGCGUAUUCCCUUGUGUACAUGAUCAGCCAUCCAUUUAUUAAAUAUUUGGGAUAAUUUAAUUAUGCUUUUAGCUGCUAAUAUGAUUAUUUUCAGCUCCAUUUAACAUAUUUCACCACGUUUAAAUUCAAGGCCAAAACCAUGUUUUGGAUAUUGGGGGACCAAAUAUUAAUAUUGGGGGGGACACAUUUUUUUGUGUGUUUGAGGGUUGGUCUUUAUAUUUAAAGGAAUUAAAUAAAGUAUUUAAAGAGAUUUAAGGGAACAAAGAAAAGAAAGAAGUUUAUUGUAAAGUAAUCAAUUUAAACAAUUUACAGAAUAUGCACACAUUCACUCUUAAGGCCCAGGUAUACUUUAUUUUCCACAUAACGCUCCAUCUCACGCACAGUUAAAAGUAUACUCUUUUGACCGUGAACGUGGACAGACGCGUACGACUUAGUGGACCAUAUUCUUUUCAAGCACUCAAAUCAUGAAAAUGAAGACUACGCAGACACAAAAAUCGGGCUACAUGCAGACAGUGUGACAUCAGGGGACUGUGCUGAUGAACGAAAUUAUGUCAGGAUUUAGAAUAGGGGGAACGUCAACAAGCGAAGUAUACUUUCAGUUUUCUGCCUAAUCGUAUGCCGAAUAUGGUUAAUGUUUCUGUUCUCAUCACAUUCAGUUAUGAAUUACAUAAAUCAAGUAAAUGAUAGCCUAUAUAUUCAAUUUAAAAAAGUGAAAUUAACAAUUCUAUCCUAAAACAGUCAAAUAUUAAAUUUUUAUAACUACUUACGUCUUAUCUUGCACUUUCACCCUUAAAGGAACACUCCACUUUUUUUGAAAAAAGGCUCAUUUUCCAACUCCCCUAGAGUUAAACAGUUGAGUUUU